GGCGCCUGCUAUUGUUAGUAAAAUUUUAAAAUGGCGUCUGAAAGUUUGUGAACGAAGUGUUUUAGAAAUUCGAGUUGAAAUUCGUUCCAUGGAGUGUUUCUUUUCUAAAAAAUCGCAUAGAAUUUUGAACUGUCGAUAAUAAAUCUUCGCCGUAAAUAAUAUCGGCCUUAAAUGUGUGUUUUAAUGACGAUAAAGUGCCUAAAAAACUCGUGAAUGAGACAUUCUCCAUAGGAUUCAUGGAGCCAUAUUUAUAAAUUUCCGAAUAAAAGAACUGUUAUUAUAACUUCUUUUUCAAAUGAGAAAUGGGAUGGGCAAGCGCCAACUGAACCCACCACCACACCUAUUAGGCCGUCAUCGCUUUCUCGACCAGUUAUCCAAUGGACCCAGUAGGCCCUUGGUACACCUCCUAUAAUCGGUUGGCCGUGCAGGCCGCCGCGGGGGAACACCACUCUUUGGCCGCGGCUGCUGCUGCUGCGGCGGCCGCCGCUUCCGCCACCACAACAGCCUCAGCAGCACCCCCUGCGCCUCCGACCGCCGUUCUACCGGGAGGGUUUCUGUCUCCAUCCGUUGGAGGCUAUGAGACUGUAUUUACGCCGCUCUUUCAUGGAGCCGUGGCGGCUAGUGGAGCCAAGUCGCAUUAUGUUGCACAGGUAACUCAACAUAGGGCAUUAGCUCAAGCGGCAGCUUCGAAGCAAGCGGGUGAGUCGGGCGAAUUCCACCCCCAAGCUCAAGCUUUUUUCGAUCAAGGAGGCUCAACGUGGCAGCCCAAUGGUCCGUUUGGUAUCUUGCCCCAUGAGAGUGUGGUUGCCACUUCCUCCACUAGUAAAGCCGUGGCUUACGAAAAUAUCAACGCGCAUUUUGCGGCGGCUCAGCAAUCCAUAAAUAACCAUAUUAAUUCGCAAUUAGCUGUCAGUUCUAAAGAGAGCGCUGUCAAUAGGUCCCGUAGCCCACAAGUAACUACAGCACCAAUAAAAUCUAACUCUUCUCAACCAAAUUCUAAUGUAUUUUUUCAGGUGCCAGUAACGCUGUCGGAAAGCGCCACGUCGAAAACAUUCGCUUCCACCAACACUUCCAACCUUCAGCAGUCUUGUAUUGUCUCAUCUCCCUCGACAACUAAAGAGUAUCGAGUACCGCAGGCCCCCAAUCGGUCUUUUUUAAGUUCGCCCAACCCUGCGCGUGCCGUGGAAAAACCGUUUACAUCUCCCCCGGUCAAGCAACAAAAUGCUCCUCAGAUUCAAACCAAGGCCCAAACGAAAAUAUAUUCCGAACUUGGAAACCAACGGGAACAACAACAAAGAAGUACCGAGGAAACUCAGAGUCAAUCGUCGCCUAUCAGUUUUUCAAUUAUGGACACGCCGGGCCGUUUGAACUACUCUGGAAGCAACGCCUCUGGCAAACGGGCGGCUCAUUUUCAGCAUAAUUACAGACAUUACCAGCAACAGCAGGCCCAAGCGCCUAAUUCGGAAGAUUUCCAACGGCCUAAGAGCGGUCCCGACUAUCAAACAAGUUCAAAUGGCGCGGAUUGUAGUAAUGUGGUGGUACCAAGAAGGCCCAGUCCUUUGCAAGCACAUUCCCAAGCAUCUCCUCUAGGCCACGCUCAGAGCCCGGCAUAUCCUAUGUAUAAUAGUCCCAUGAAUUCAAUGUCAUCACCUCAACAGAACUCAAGCAGUCAACAGGUUGCACCGCCAUCACCUUUAGAUGUAUCAGUACCACGUCCUAAUUCACAAGCAGGGGGAAAUGUAGCAUAUCCAUCUGUCAUUACGCGAGCUUUGAAUUCCGAGAAAAACUUUCCAGAACGUUACGAACACGGACCUCAAGCUGCUCAACCUACUCAACAGUGUUGGGACGAUCGGCAGAAUCAGCAACAGCAAAGAAAGUUUCAAAGCGGACAAUCCAAUACUCAGACUACGUAUAGCAAUUCGAAUACUUCGAUUGAGAUUAGUUCCAGGCAGGGCGAGGGGCAAAGGCAGCAAUAUUUCGAUUCGAAUAGUGGCCAUCAGGUAACGUUACAAGACUUAUCCAGCUGUCGAGGGGAUCCAAUGAGUAUUGUUAAAAAUUUGCAGCAGCAACAAAGUUGUCAGGUGCCGCAACCUGAGAUCAAGCAAGAAGUGCCCAAACCGCCCAUUAAAAGGAGAAAAAGUGUAGAAAAAGCUCCGCCGGCAGACGUACACGUUCCAGCAAAUCGUGUGCCUCCUCCAGCUCACAGUUCAGGGGCUAACCAGCAGCAACAGAACGGCGUUUAUUUCGAAUUCGAUCGUUGGAAUCUGGCCCCCCCUUCGUCGAAAAUAUUCAGCACGCAGGCUGCCUUGCAUCAGCAGCAUCAAGGGCUGAUGGUUCCUCAUCCUCACGGUCAUCACCCGCCGCCGCCACUGCCCUAUUUUGCGCCGUUCCACCUUGCGAAUCAUCCCAGCGAAUUUUCGUCCUCUGUAGAAUUAACUCCUCUGACCAAUUAUAAUGACCAGGCUGCCCAGCAACAUGCCUCUGUUCAACAACAACAACAGCAGCAGCAGCAGCAACAACAGCAACAGCAACCGCCGCAACAGUAUCAGCAACCAGAUGAUCAGCCGAAAGUGGUGGUGCCUAAUAUCGAAGAAGAACUUAAUUUUCUAUCUGGAGAUACGCCAAGGCCGAUGAAUCAUUUGAAUAUGCAUAACAAGCCCGCUGUUGCCACACCUCCUAAACCACUGGAUAAAGUUAGUGGGCCUGGGGCUGGAUUUAUGAGCAGUUAUCUUAAGUUUCUCCAAGGGGAAAGGGAUACAUCCCCGCCGCCUGUGAUGCGAGGAGGACCUGGCAGGAAACAAUCAACGAACACUUGGACGCGACGGCCAACGGAAGACGCCAAUCUAAAACCCCCUCCACAACCUGGAGGGGCGGCUGCCGUUGGCCCCCCCGAUACCAACGGCGCGGCUACGGGGGGUACCGUCCUACCUAACUUGACCGGACCACCGCCAGGUGUCACUAGAUUAACGACCAGCGGCGAUCCGCAAGACGAUCCAAGGUAUUUUCCUCUUCCAAAAGAGAGAAAAAAGGAUUCCUUUGACAGUUCGGAUGACGGAUUUAGUUCGGAGGACGAUUUCUUUGGACCUCGAAAGCAAAGUCAGAAACCCAUGGAACCUAUCGUGAAAGAAAGUUCAAGCAAAGAAAAGGAGCGAGAAAGGAUAGAGAGAAAACAGAAACAGAGCAGGCCUCCUAAAGCUGUCGGACCAACGGAGAGGAAGAGGCAGAAAAUAUUAGAGAGAGAAAAGGUGCCAAAAGAAGGCAAAGAGAGAAAGCCUAAAGUAAAAUUAGAAGACGUACCUAAACGCGAACAAACUAAGCGGGCCGCGAAAGGGAAGAACAACCUGUCCGACAUCAUCAAGGACGAAAACGAGCCCGAAGAACCGCCCGAAUUCCAGGACUCGGAAGACUCCGAUCCGGCCUGGACCCCAGCUGCCAGCGUCGACGAAGAAGACUUGCUACCUAUGAAGAAAAAAAGCAGAGGGCGACCAGGAGGUACCAAAAACAAAAAAUCCAUGAAGAACCUGAUAGCGGCCGCGGCUCAGGGGGCAGGUAUUAAUGACGCAGAUGGUCUGGGACCGAUGCCCGUGGAACAUCACAGCAAAAAGAAGUCGAAUCACAAGAAUAAACAAGCGGUACCCACGUUAGAGGAUAACAUAGCGGCCUCGAUGCAAAACAGCUUUUCCACGGCUAUUGAUGACAAUCCUUUCAAAACUGGCGAGUUUGUUGCUAUCAAAUCUGAACUGGUGCAUGACUGGCCAGCAAUCUGGCGAGUGGAUGGAAAAACUCUCUUGCAAAGAUAUGAACCGUUUGAACAAAACGGCGUUACGCUUUAUAGGAACAUUUCUACGUAUACAUCAUGGACUAGUGAAAAUAAAAAGCAAUAUGUAUCUGUCCCGGUGAAAUACAAGUCUCAGAGUCAGUUAGAAACUGUCGUUGAAUUCCUAAAAGAAGAGAUGACGAUAAUCGAUCCGAAAGUUCAUGAACAGUUCGUCAAGCAGUACGAAAGUUAUCAGGACAAUUUUGAAGUGUAUAUACAGACCCUGAUCUCACAGGCACUCGACAGCAAUUUCUUACAAGAAAUAUUCCAGGAAAAAGAUGAGUACUUCUUGAGCAACGUCCAAACGAUAGACGAAAUCACGGAUAGCAAAAAGCAGAAAUUGCUAAAUCUACUCGUGUGGCCGUCCAACUUGCAGGCCGCGGUGUGUACGUGGCCCUGCUUCAACGUGCUCCGAGAAAUCGGCCCGUCCGACGGCCAGACUCGGAGUUGCUCGGCUUGCGGAAAGAGCAACGUUGCCGUUCGAGUGAUUAUGUAUGGCCAGCCCUACAACGCAACCACGUUGGAGGGUUGCCAGCCGGAUCCCAAUGCCAUAAACGAAAAGGACUUCUUUUUGUGUAGAAUAUGUGCAAGUCGCGUAGAGCUUGCCAACAAGGUUAUUCAUCAGAAAUACCUUAUGUAUAUAGAAUGUGCAAAGCGGGUCGGCGAGAAACGUACGUCGGAGCCGACCAAGGAUACCACUUGUAUAUUAAACGAACUUUUAGCCGACGAAAAUUGGCUUAAUCAGCUGUUUAAGGAGGUGCGUACAUUAUGGUCAGACAUAGACUGCAUAGAACACAGUUUUAAAAUAAAAAAUAUGUGUGCACAGUGAAAUAAACGUGUUCUUUAAGUUCGGAUUUUUAUUGAAAAAGACGUUUUUAAAUCAAAAUUGUGUAUAUUUGAGAGUUUAUAUUAUGAUAAAAUGUACUUUUAAUUACUUGUAAUGAAAUAUAGGUUACUAGGAAUCAGUAUGCGUAUAUAUAUAUUGAGAUAUCGUAUAUAGUAUUUUUAUUAGCAUUGGUUGUUAAACUACAUACCAGUUAAGCGUCGCGCAUUUUUGUUCUUUGUGCUCUUUCUUUUUUAUUAAGUAUUGUUUUCAAACGUGAUAUUGAUUAUGUACUUUUGUUUAUUUGUAAAUUAUUUUCCGCAUCGGUUAUUUAUACGGAGCACCAGAACUCAAUAAAAAUAUUAUUUCUA